CAUAAGGCAACAUUUCUCAUGAAACGUUUUAGAAAUCAGAACUAAAUUCUGGAUCGCAGAAUGCCUCCUGGGACCGUGGAGCAGCCAGGGUCAGCCUGGAGGGGUCUGCAGGUUUUCUGCAGGUGUGCCUUUGAUCUAAGUGUCAGUAUUUACAGGUCGCUGUAAUAAAGUAGGUGUAAGCGCUUUAUUCAAAACGCCGCCAUCCUGCGGACCGCAGUGAUAUGGCCGCUCCCAGCCAAUCGGUGUCAAGGCCGCAAACAUCAAAGAGGAGAUGAGCCAACCAUGUCCGCUCCGGACACCCAUCCCGACAUGGAGCACCUCUCCGGACUAUAUAUUCAAGAGCUGUUGACGGCUCGAGGUGACCGCUUAUCUUUGUGGAGACGCGACGAGACGUACUGGAGCAGGUUUAAUUCGCAUUGGCCCUGUCAUCAACGACUAUUCAGCCCUGGAGCUGCUCGACAGGAUGGCCACAGGCGCCGGCGAGUGUGCCGGGAAGGCCAGUCAGUACCGGGUGGACCACCUCCUCAGCGCCGUGGAGAGUGAGCUGCAGGCCGGCAGCGAGAAGGGCGACCCCACGGAGAGAGAGCUGAAAGUGUCCCUGGACGAGAACGAGCUGUGGCAGAAAUUUAAGGAUCUUACAAAUGAAAUGAUAGUCACGAAGAACGGCAGGCGCAUGUUUCCGGUGCUGAAGGUGAACGUGUCUGGAUUGGACCCGAACGCCAUGUAUUCUGUCCUGCUGGACUUCGUAUCCGCGGACAACCACAGGUGGAAGUACGUGAACGGGGAGUGGGUCCCCGGUGGCAAACCCGAGCCUCAAACCCCCAGCUGUGUGUACAUACACCCGGACUCUCCAAACUUCGGGGCGCACUGGAUGAAGGCUCCCGUCUCCUUCAGUAAAGUCAAACUCACCAAUAAGCUCAACGGAGGCGGUCAGAUAAUGUUGAAUUCCUUACACAAGUACGAGCCACGCAUCCACAUUGUGCGGGUUGGAGGCCCGAGGAGGAUGAUCACCAGCCACUCUUUCCCAGAGACACAGUUCAUUGCAGUAACCGCAUACCAAAACGAAGAGAUAACUGCUCUUAAAAUAAAGUACAACCCUUUUGCCAAGGCCUUCCUAGAUGCAAAGGAGAGAACUGAUACCAAAGAUAUAAGAGAAGAUAUGAAUGAAAACCAGCAGUCGACUUACUCUCAGUUAGGUGGUUGGUUUAUUCCUCCUGCCAGUCCUCACAGCCAGUUUGGCAGUCCCAUCUCCCUCUCUCCGUCCCACGGCUGUGAGCGCUACUCCACCCUGAGGAGCCACCGCUCUGCCCCCUACACCAGUCCGUACGCCCAUCGGACCAACUCGCCCAUCAGUUACUCCGAUAACUCGUCGGCCUGUCUGUCAGUGCUCUCGAGCCACGACAACUGGUCCGGCCUACAGAUGCCAACACACACCGGCAUGAUGCCAGUGGCCCACAACUCCACCUCUGGUAGCAACUCCAGUCAGUACACCAGCCUGUGGUCUGUGAGUAACUCGCCCCUGACUCCCAUGUCGCAGAACGGGGGGACAAACAACAGCCUGAGCUCACAGUUCCUCCGAGGGUCCGGCAGCCACUACCCCGGCCUGUCUCCCUCAGUCGCAGUGCCCUCCUCUGGCUCUCCCAUGUACGACAGUGGCACGGCCACGGAGGUGCUCGAGUACGACACCUCUCCACACGGGCGGCUACCUUCGGCCUGGACUCCUGUGACACCUCCGUCCCUCUGAUGGAAGCACCUCUGCAAGCGCAAGAGUUGCCCGGGGGGGGGUCGCUUAAUCUGCUGCAACUUAAAGGGAGAAUCAAUUGAAAAUUAAAUCUACACAACCCAAGAAGAAGCAACCAAGACUUUGAAUUCUUGAACGCCUUAAAAAUGUGCUUUGGUUUCAAUACAUUUCUGAGAAAUUCAGUGUUUUUAACUCAAAUACAUGUUAUGUUUAUGGUUAUUUUUGUUAUUAGUUUUUAGAUUGUUUUCCUUAGAAUGUUUUGUGCAGCAGGGAACACAUGUAUUUUCUUUUUCAUUUUCAUUUUGUGAACCAAAAUUCAUCAUUAACAUGCUUAUAUUAAGCAAUACGUACAGGUAAGACAUUAAGAAAUUUUAAUUAAGAAAAUAUGUACAGUUGAAAUGUGUUUAUUGAUUUUUAAUGUUGUUUACAGUGUAAAUGAGAAAGUACCUGAGGAGUAACAUGUAAAUAGAUAAAUCUGGCCUUUUUGUACCAUGACAACGAGUUUAUCUUCCAGAUUAUUUAAAAAAAGAAAUAAAAUGUAAUUUCAGUACUCUGCUAUGCAGAUGCUACACAACUUUUGUUGUCAUCAGAAACAUGCUGAUGUCUCUUAAGUGGCUGUUUUUGAGACAUGACGUUCUUGAAUGCGCUUUGCUCAUUGCACACUCCACUGCUCUUGUUGUUUUUCACUCUGGCGUUUCAUCCUACAGUGCAGUAUCUGGUUAUUGACGCUCCUCCAACUGUUAUUUCUAAAUAUACCAUCUUCCCAUGUUGAUCUUAACGUCAGGUCCAGUGAAGGACUAUUAUUAACUAUUCU